AUGUCACCCCUGUCAUACGACAGCGAGAUGAAGCAGGAGCACGAGUGGACCGAAGAGGCCGAGGUCAGCCAAGAUAAGCGUAUCCAGGCCUAUGCCAACGCCUACGUUCCCGGUUCCGACGAGGAGAAGGCCUUUGUGCGCAAAAUUGACAAGCGCAUCGUCCCAUGCAUCUGGGCACUUUACACUCUCUCAUAUCUCGACCGCGCCAACAUUGGUAACGCCAAGACCGGUGGCCUCGAAAAGGACUUCAACCUCACCUCGGAGCAGUACUCGAUCGUCCUGCUGGUGUUCUUUAUCAGUUACGUGAUCUUCGAGGUCCCCUCCAACAUGCUCAUCGUCCGCUGCCGCCCAUCGCUCUACCUGUCGGGACUGUGUGUCCUCUGGGGCGGUGUCAGCGCAUGCAUGGCCGCCACCACCAACUGGCAGCAGCUUGCCGCCGUGCGCUUCUGUCUCGGUGUGGUGGAGGCGGGCUUUGCUCCCGGAGUCGCCUUCUACCUCUCGUCAUGGUACAGGCGUUACGAGCUGUCGACCCGCUACUCCAUCUACUACACGGCCACGGCCAUCUCGGGCGCCUUUUCUGGACUGCUCGCCGGCCUCAUCACUCAACAUCUCGAAGGUGCACGCGGCCUCAAGGGCUGGCAGUGGCUGUUCAUCAUCGAAGGUGUGGGAGCAUCAUUCCUCGGGUGUUUCACGUGGAUGUUCAUGCCCGACUGGCCAGCCACGACAAAGUUCCUCACCCCCGCCGAGCGUGAGCUAGCCGCCCAGAGGUUGGCGCACGACGGUCUUGGCAACACGGCCGGUGGCGAGCACACGACCGAGCUCCAGGCCCUCAAGCUCUGCGUGACCGACUGGCGCGUCUGGGUGUUCGUCGUCAUGUACAUGCUCUCGACCGGUGCCCAGACCGUGCAGUACUUUGUCCCCACCCUCGUGUCGUCGCUUGGCUGGACCGGCUACGCCGCCCAGUACCACACCAUCCCCGUCUACGCCUGUGCCCUGGUCUUCAUCCUCGUGUUCUGCAUGUGCUCCGACUGGCGCAGGAACAAGCCUCUGUUCAUCGGCAUCGCUUCCGCCAUUGGCACCAUUUGUUUCAUCAUCACCGUCGCCCAGACGCACCACACCGUUCAAUACGUCUUCCUCUGCUUCGGUUUCGGCAGCGUCUACGCCGUCUGCCCACUGGUCCUCACCUGGGUUCCCAACGUCAUCACGUACCCGGCCGAGAAGCGCGCCGUCGCCAUCGCCCUGGUCAACGCGCUGGGCAACUCGGCCUCAAUCUACGGUGUCUUCCUGUGGCCCGCGACCGACAAGCCACGGUAUAUCCCGGGGUGGAGUGCCACCACCGUGUUCAUGGCACUCGUGGGUAUCAUUGCGUCGGUGUUUUCAGUCAUGCUGGCGCGCCACCCGGCCAUGCAGGCGGCCGGCGAAGUCAGCCAGGCCGACCAGGAGCGCGAGCGCCGUGCGGAGAGGGAUGUGGAUGUACACGCGUGA